AUGAGGAGAGGGAGAAGAAGAGAAGCCGAAAGAAGCUCCUCCCAAGAAGGGUCGACUACUGAACCCUAUGCGUUUGAACCACCUCCUAAAUACGUACCUCCCCCACAAGCUGAACCACCUCCUGAAUACGUACCUCCCCCACAAGCUGUACCCCCUCCUGAAUACGCACCUCCCCAACAAGUCGUAUCCCCUCCUGAAUACGCACCUCCCCCACAAGCCGUACCCCCUCCUAAAUACGCACUGUCCCCUCAAGCUCCACCACAGGCCGGGUUAGACCCCGCCACAAGAUUAAUGUUGGAGUCACUCCAAACGACAAUGCAAACAAUGCUGGCCACACAACAGGCCACGUUGUUGGCUAUGCAACAAGUCGCAGCAAUGGCCACGCAACCAGCCAACGUGACGGCCACGCAACCGGUGGAUGCGGUGGCCAUACAACCGGCCAGAAACCCGCAACCGGAUGGGGGGCGAGUUGGUUAA